CUUCUUGUGUGACCCAGCGGAGUUUCCGCUGUCCUAUUUCCGUACACAAACGCUCGGCUGAUGACGUGUACACUCCACUACCGUUAGCUAGCCUACUAGCUAAACCACCUGUCAGAUUAAAGGUGUUAUAAUAAAGUAACGUCAGAAACUAAGAGGAAGCUGGCCCAUAAUAUCGCUGAAAAUGGAGACGCUUUAUCAUCAGACAAACAAGCAAAUCCAGGAGGUUCAGUCUCUGAUGGGAAACCUGGAGAAGACAGACCGCCAGUCAGUGCACUUGUUAGAGAAUGAACUGCAAGCAAGAAUCGACCAGAUCUUCAGUCGUUUAGAACGCCUUGAGAUCGUGGCCAACAAGGAGCCACCAAACCGCCGCCAGAACGCCAAAUUGCGAGUGGACCAACUAAAAUAUGAUGUUCAGCAUCUCCGGACCGCCCUACAAAAUUUCCAGCAGCGGCACUAUAUCAGAGAGACCCAGGAGAGAGAGAGGGAGGAACUCCUGAAUCGUACCUUCACGACCAACGACGCAGAUACCUCCAUCCCCAUAGAUGAGAGCCUACAGUUUAACUCCAGUUUGCACAAUGCACACAGAGGCAUGGAUGACCUCCUGGGUAGUGGAAGCAGCAUCCUGAAUGGUAUCAGAGAUCAAAGAUCUACACUGAAGGGGACCCAUAAGAAAAUGCUGGAUGUAGCCAACAUGCUGGGGCUGUCUAACACAGUGAUGAGACUGAUAGAAAGGCGAGCCACCCAAGAUAAGUUCAUCAUGAUUGGAGGGAUGCUGCUGACCUGCAUUUUCAUGUUCCUGGUAAUCCGAUACCUGGGCUGACACCAUCAUGGACAAUUUCUGCAGCACAUCUUCCCUCAUAAUAUGAAACAUGGCAGAGAUGUAUUUUUAACAUCAGAAUUUAUAAAUUGUGCCAUUAUCCUUUGUUUUAAUUAUUUUGGGCACAUGCAAAAUCAUAAGGUUGCAAACUACCUUAAUUACAGACAGUAUUUUAUUCCUCAUGAAGGUCAGAGAGGACACUGAACUUUGAUACAAGGUCUGCUGAUUCCCUUAGAUCACUGCCACACACCCCCAGUUGACUUCAUCAAAACCACUCAAACUGUAAAUUCCUCGUGACCCAAACCCCUGUGAAAAAUACUUCAAACUGAUCUUUAUACUCAGUUUGCUUUUUCUCCCAUAGCUUGUAGUGUCAUUCUGCCUUGUCAAACUGGGUUCAGUCCAGAGCUUUUGGCUCCAUGUUUUACAUUUCAACUUACCGAUAUUCCCUGGAGAAUGUUGUAUAUGUUAUGUUGCCAGUUUAUUAGGUACAUCUAGCUAAGACUAUUGCAGUCUAAUACCACAGUAAAUCCUCCUUUUGUGAGAGUUGUUUGAACUGUUUUAGAGAGGUGUUUAUUUAGCUAAUCAUUUUGGAAGCUGUCAAACUGUAUGGCAUUAUACAGAGAGGUGUCUGUGCUUUUGUCUACCCAUUUAUAUUGAUGUAGCCUAAAUAACAAACAUCUCUGUAUAAAAUAAACUAAUAAUACCCAAUAAACCGGUAACUUUGCAUAUGUGUAGUUCAGAUGAUACACCAGAAAUAAAGAGAAUGACAAAAAUCUGUUGAGGGAAAAAACAAUUGAAACAUUUUGUAAUUGUUACAUA